CCGAUUUCUCUUUCUUAUUGAACUGGAGGCUAAAGCAUUCUACGCCUCCUCCUCCUCAGAAUAUCCGCCCAACAAUGGCCGGAUGCGACUUCACAAAGCCCUUACUUCCCUCCUCCGACCGCCUCUUACAGACGUCAGCUGAACCUCAAGUCGUCAUCAUCGUCCCUGAUGGCGAUUUAGCUUCUUCUGAAUCUGCGAUUUCCAAACUUCAAAAUCAGAGGGAAAAUCACUUGAACGGGUGCCAGAUCGAGAUCGAAAACCCUUACAAGAUCAUCGGAGCUAGGGAUUUCGUCGUUCCUACGACAUCAACGAUUGAUCCAUUUCGAAAUCAUACGCCUAAGAUUGAAGGGUUUUAUGAAUGGUUGAAGAUUAUAAUUAUGAUUCCUAUUGUAUUCAUUAGGCUUUUGCUAUUUGCGCUAUUUAUAUCGAUUGGAUUCAUCUCCACAAAGUUUGCUUUAGGAGGUUGGAAGGAUAAGCAGAAUCCCAUGCCUAGAUGGAGGUGUAGGCUUAUGUGGGUCACCCGAGUUUGCGCCCGUGGAAUUUUGUUCUCUUUUGGUUACCAUUGGAUAAAACGUAAAGGGAGACCAGCUCCAAGGGAGAUCGCACCAAUAGUUGUAUCAAACCAUGUAUCAUAUAUUGAUCCUAUCUUCUUCUUCUAUGAAUUAUUCCCUACCAUUGUAUCGUCAGAAUCCCAUGAUUCCAUCCCAUUUGUUGGAACCAUUAUCAGAGCAAUGCAGGUUAUAUAUGUCAAUAGAUUCUGUCCAUUAUCAAGGAAGAAUGCCGUAAAUGAAAUAAAGAGAAAGGCCUCUAGCAAUAGAUUUCCUCGCCUGCUUUUAUUUCCCGAGGGAACCACUACAAAUGGAAGGCUUGUGAUCUCAUUCCAACUUGGUGCAUUUAUACCCGGUUAUUCAGUUCAACCAGUAAUUGUGCGUUAUCCCUAUGUACACUUUGACCAAUCAUGGGGGAAUAUUGCUUUGGCGAAGCUCAUGUUCAGAAUGUUCACUCAAUUUCACAAUUUUAUGGAGGUGGAGUUCCUUCCAGUUGUUUCACCUCUUGAAAAUCAAAAGGAAAGUGCAGCCUGUUUUGCUGAGAGGACUGCCCGCACUAUUGCCAAUACUCUCAAUGUGUCACAAACAUGUUAUUCCUAUGGGGACUUCAUGUUGCUUGCUAAAGCUUCUGAGCUAAAGCAGGACAAUCCAUCAGUUUACAUGGUUGAAAUGGCGAGGCCGGAAUUGAAAUCUCAUAUAAGUAGCAUGGAGGCUGUGGAUUUUCUGGAGACAUUUAUUUCCAUGAACCCGGAUGCAAGUGGAUCUAUUAAGAUCGAUGACUUCAUCAAAGGUUUGCGAUUGUGGCCUUGUGCUCUCUCUGAAAAGAUUUUUCGAUUUCUCGAUGUGCAGAGAAGGGGUAGGAUAUCGUUUAAACAAUUCUUGCUUGGGUCAGCUAAUGUCCUAAAACAGCCAUUAUUCAGAAAAGCCUGUGAAUUGGCAUUUGUAGAGUGCUCAAGUGCUGGAAAUCAUCUUAUUUCAGAGUCAGAAUUAGGAGAAUUCAUCAGGCUGGCAGUUCCAGAAAUGAAAACCUGCGAGAUCCAUGGUCUCUUCACUUUAUUUGAUAGAGAUAGAGACGGGAGGAUCAGCAGAGAAGAUUUCAUAGUCGGUUUGAGAAGAAAUCCGUUGCUCAUAGCCCUCUUUUUGCCUUUGUUAACACCAACUGCCUUGGAUCAAGCUGCUCUACCAACAAUUAUGGUGGCAAUAUGAUUUGAUGGUGUUUUUUUUUUUUUGUGUGAUUCUUUUUGUAAUUCUUGAAUUCUCUUUUGAAAAAAUCUAUCCAAUUCUUGAUUUAGGUGUGUAAGAUAUGGGCAAUACUAUAUUUUUGUUUGUUCAUUGUAGACUCAUUUUGGUAUCUAUUGAAAAAAGAGAUUUGUUUGAGU